AUGUUCUGGUUUACUACAGUCAAAGAUAAUGAGCCUGUGGACCUGAAAACAGAUCCAGAGUAUUCAGGUCGAGUUCAGUAUCAGUGUGAAAACAAUGACUGCACUCUGAGAAUCUCAGACCUGAGAGAGAGCGACUCAGCUGAGUACAAGUUCAUGCUCAUAACAAACGAUCCAGGAGGGAAAUAUACUGGAUCACCUGGAGUCACUUUGACUGUUACAGAUCCACAGCUCCAGGUACAUGUGAGGAGAUCAACAGUAAACUCUUAUUCUAACUGGACAGAGCUGACAUGUCACAACAACUGUCAGCUACCCGAUCAAUCUUCCUACAUCUGGUACAGGAAUGGACACAAACUUUCAUCAGACGAACAAUAUUUACAGCUGAACACAUUUGAUUCUGCAGACCGUUUUUACUGCGCUGUGAAAGGAUAUGAGAUAUUCCCUUCUCCAACAGUGUAUGCUCCAAAGCUUCCCUCUGUGUCAGUGAGUCCCUCUGCUGAGAUAGUGGAGGGCAGUUCAGUCACUCUGACCUGUAGCAGUGAUGCUAACCCAGCAGCUAACUACACCUGGUACAAGGAGGAUGUCAUCAACCCUCUCAGUUACCAAAACCAACAUGUUUUCAGCUCCAUCCUGCCCUCUGACUCUGGAAAGUAUUACUGUACAGCUGAUAAUGACCUGGGACAAAAGAGAUCUGAAAGCAGAACUAUUGAUGUGAAAUAUGCUCCAAAGCUUCCCUCUGUGUCAGUGAGUCCCUCUGCUGAGAUAGUGGAGGGCAGUUCAGUCACUCUGACCUGUAGCAGUGAUGCUAACCCAGCAGCUAACUACACCUGGUACAAGGAGGAUGAAAAUUUACCAAAAGCAUUUGGACAGAACUUCACCGUCACCAAGUUCAGACCUGAACACAGUGGGCGUUAUUACUGUGAAACCCAGAACAAGCUGGGACGUCAUAACUCCACCUUACAGCAGACCAUUGUGCCAGGAGCAAAGAAGAUAAAAGCUGCUGGAGUAACUGCUGCUGUUCUCCUGUCUGUCACAUCCCUCCCUGUCUUCCUUUGGAUUCGAAAAAAGAGGAAUUCCAAGGAAUCAUCCAAGACUGAAGGCAGAGCAGACAACAAAGAACAGGAGGAGCCACAGAAACAGGAUGAUCUUCAGUAUGCCAGCAUCCACUUCUCUAAAAACCAGGCAGAUCCUCUCUACAGCAACAGCAGUUCAGCCCCACAGACACCUGGAGGAACAGAGAGUUACACUUAA